GACUCUGCGAAGCGCGCUUUCAAACACUCCAGGCUAUGGCUUUGUGCGGCCAGCAGCCAUCUCAACCUUAGCCUGGCUCCGUCGCGGCCGGCGCCGCCAGCCUCUACGACGGGCACAGCGUGCCACACCGGUUUUUGCGCCUCUGCGUGGAACUGUUGCUGCAGAUGGUGAGGAUCCGGAUGUCGUUGCGGAGCAGAUCAGAGGGAGUCCUGACAUAGCCUGCCCUUUGUCACGCAGGCUGAAGGACGUGGUUUUUGUGAAAGAGAUGAGAGAUGCCAUGGCUUCAGGGGAAUUUGCCGUCAGCCUUUCGGGGGCCCAACAGUUGGCCCUCAUCGAUUAUCAGAACCUCUGCAACAAGUUGCACAAUUUCGCCUGCAAGCUUGAGCAGGACGAGAUUGAAACCGACGUGCUGAGCCCGUUGGAGCGGGCCAAGAACUUAGCGCAGCUGUCUAAGAUUU